AUGGCCAAGUCUCAUGGGAAGCCCCAUCAUCCACAAAGUCAGGGUUCUGUGGAACGUGCAAAUGGUGACAUUAAGGAUACGUUACUUACCUGGCUUGCAGACAGUAAUUCACAGGACUGGUCAGUUGGUAUCAAGUUUGUUCAGUUUCAGAAAAAUGCUGCUCACCAUUCAGGUAUAAAGUGCUUUCCAUACUCUGCUAUGUCUGGUUGUGAAGCCAGAGUUGGCCUGACUUCUUCAUCUCUACCCACAGAAGUUGGCUCAAGCUGGGAGAGUGAGGAUGAUCUCAUAGCAGAUCAUCAAGAACAAAUUCAGAAACGUAGAGUGGAAGCAUACAGAGGGCAGGUAUCCCAAGCUGAGAGAAUGGUUAAACGUAGUUGCUUAGGCUUUGAAGUUGGCGAGCCUGGUGACAAUGUUGCUGUCCCAAAUCCAGCUGUGGAUCGUGGUAGAGAAGAUCCGCGGAAUAUCCUGGGUGUUAUUGUCAGCAGAGAUUUGGACAAUGACCAGUAUAAGAUCGCUGUGAAGUCGGGUGUUCUAAAGGGUCAGUAUUCUAGAAACUAG